AUGGCUAAGCUUAGCCUUCUCUCCUUGACCCAACUCCAAAAAUUAGCACCGUCAUCGGCGCAGAAUCCUCAAUCAAACUCUAGAUCAAUUUGGAUGUGGAACCCUAAGCAAGCGCAAGAUCAAGAAGACGACUCAUGGGAAGUGAGGGCCUUUGCAGAGGACACCGGAAACGUGAUGGGAACCACAUGGCCGCCGAGGUCUUACACCUGCACAUUUUGCCGGAGGGAAUUCCGGUCAGCUCAGGCCCUCGGCGGCCACAUGAACGUGCACCGCCGCGACCGGGCGCGCCUCCACCAAGUGCAGCACCCCAGCUCAAUCUCAAUCAACCCAUCUGCCAUCUCCUCUUCCAGUUCCUCAUUCAUAAUCCCAACUCAAGAGUUCCUCGCCGCCAACGGCGGAUUGUGCCUUCUCUACCAAUUCUCGGACCCUAAUAAUGGAGCCUUCACUACUAGUGCUGUUACUGCUCCAACUGCACCUUUGCUUAACAACAUUGUUGAGUCUUCUUCAGUACCCUCUAGUCUACUCGCCCCCAAUCCACUCCAUGACUACUUAAUGACGUCAUCACCUAGUACUCUUGUGGGGCCUCAUGGAGCUUCCAAUUCUAGAAAUAAUUCUCAUUGUCAAGACGCAAAACGAUCAGCAAACGAAGAUCAACCUUCGAGGUCUGGGGUUGAAGAUAUUGAAGAGCUUGAUUUAGAGCUCCGGCUCGGUCCAUCUUGA